ACACUGUCAUUUUACUUUUGUGUGGUACGUUGCGUUUUGUCAUCUGAUCGCCAUCGUUUUCUCUGUCGUGUUUGUGGCAACAUUUUUGUCUCGAAUGUAAUCGGGGAGUUCAUCUGGAAAAAUCAAUAAUUUCGGUAGAAACAGGACCUUACAUUACAAACCGAUUGACAAGUUUACAGUGAGUAGAAAACCGUAAUGGGCAAUACCGAUACUAAGCUAAAUUACCGUAAAGCGAUUGUGCAGCUUACCAGCAAAAGUCAGCCAAUCGAUGCAAAUGAUGACGCAUUUUGGGAACAGUUUUGGUGUGAGCAUAGCACAUCUGUACAGGAUGUAUUUGCACUUAUACCGUCGAAUGAGAUACGCAAAGUACGAGACGUAAUGCCCGGCAAUCUAGCUACACUUUGUUACAAAGCAACGGAACGGCUCGUACGGGCAGUAGACAAUAGUUGCAGAACACAGGGAGAGCAACAAACAGUACUCAACUGUACCCGACUUUUAAAUCGAACAUUGCCGUAUAUAUUCGAAGACCCGCAGUGGAAAGAUUUUUUCUGGUCCUCCCUUCCAUCCGCUAAUGAAAAAGAAGACGCGGCUGCUCCAUUGGCGCAGAGCCUACUGAAUGCUAUUUGCGAUCUGUUGUUCUGCCCCGACUUCACCGUUGUUGGUUUGCGAAAAUCGGGCCCAGAGAAAGCAGACGAAUUGAACUCCAUCGAUAGUUGCGAGUAUAUUUGGGAGGCAGGAGUCGGAUUUGCCCAAUCACCCCCUAGAAAUGGCCCUAUGGAUUCACGUAGAACAGAAUUGCUGAAACUAUUGCUGACCUGUUUUAGUGAAACGAUGUACCGCGCACCAUCGAUGAGCGAUGAACCAAACAAAUGGAUUGUUCAUUUCACAAGUGCCGAAAAUCGUCAUGCAUUACCGCUAUUCACUUCACUUCUAAAUACCGUAUGUGCAUACGAUCCAGUAGGAAUAGGUGUACCAUAUAAUCAUCUAUUGUUCACCGACACGUUGGAACCAUUAGUUGAAGUUUGCCUGCAGAUUCUGAUUGUUACGUUAGACCAUGACAUAACGUGUAAUUCGCCGACGCAGUCUGCUUCCUACUCUCACGACGAUAGCACUGUUGCGGAUAAUCUGUUCAUCAACUACUUGUCACGUAUUCAUCGGGAUGACGAUUUUCACUUUAUAUUGAAAGGUGUUACGCGUUUGUUGAACAACCCGCUAGUACAAAGUUACUUGCCAAAUUCGACCAAGCGACUGCAUUGUCAUCAAGAGCUGUUGGUAUUUUUCUGGAAGAUUUGUGACUAUAAUAAGAAAUUUUUAUAUUUUGUUCUUAAAAGUAGUGACGUUUUAGACAUUCUUGUUCCUAUUCUGUAUCAUCUCAAUGACUCCCGUGCCGAUCAAUCUCGGGUCGGCUUAAUGCAUAUUGGCGUUUUUAUUCUACUUCUUUUGUCGGGUGAGCGUAACUUUGGAGUACGGCUGAAUAAACCUUACACCGCCACUGUUCCGAUGGACAUUCCCGUUUUUACCGGCACUCAUGCUGAUUUACUGAUCACUGUGUUUCACAAAAUAAUCGCUACCGGACACCAGCGUUUGCAACCAUUAUUCGAUUGUUUGCUUACGAUACUGGUAAAUGUUUCCCCUUAUCUAAAAACUUUAUCAAUGGUAGCAGCUGUUAAGUUGCUGCACUUGUUAGAAGCAUUUAGUACGCCAUGGUUUCUCUAUUCUGCACCAUCGAAUCAUCAUUUGGUGUUUUUCUUGUUGGAAAUAUUUAAUAACAUUAUUCAAUACCAGUUUGACGGGAACUCUAACCUUGUUUACACUAUCAUCCGCAAGAGACAAGUAUUCCAUGCACUAGCUAAUUUACCAACCGAUGCUACUGGAAUAUCACGGUGCAUGAACAACAGGAAAAGUGGAAAGUUGAACAAUUCUAGUCAUGGAAGUCGAUCUGGGGCUCGCAAUGAGCAAAACAAAGAGGUGCCCCCAGUGGUGGUGGGUGCGGGAGAUGAAAGUGAGGAAGAUAUCACUGUAAGAACAGGUCAGUUAUGUGUUUCUGGUGCACAGAAUUCUGACGAGGAAGAUAGCCGAAGUGAUAUGUUAGAAGAGUCAAUGGAAGGAUCUCACCCCGCACUACCUGCCGAACCGGGAACACUGAAGGCAACAUUGCUGGAAACGCCCGAUAUUGCCCACAUAACGGAAAGAGAAUCGGCUCAUCCAUCGGGAGACGUUACUACUUCUUCGCCAGUUGAAGCAAGUGGUAAGGCCCCAAUUGGCGAUCUUGGUAAACCAAGCACGCCUAGAGAGUCACCGAGUAAGGAGCUACCAUCUCCAAUGAAGCGGUCCGUAACACAGCGCGGAAGCAUUCGUGUAACACCAGCAGCGACACAUAAUGCACAGCCAAAAAUAUGGCAACCUACUCCAGAAUGGGUACAAUCUUGGCGAUCGAAGCUACCAUUACAAACCAUAAUGCGGCUGUUGCAGGUUCUCGUGCCGCAAGUUGAGAAAAUAUGCAUCGACAAAGGACUAACCGAUGAGUCAGAGAUUCUGAAAUUUCUUCAGCAUGGAACGCUUGUCGGUUUACUGCCGGUUCCCCAUCCAAUUCUUAUUCGAAAGUACCAAGCAAAUGGUGGUACUACUGCUUGGUUCCGUACAUAUAUGUGGGGCGUAAUUUAUUUAAGAAACGUGGAUCCAGCGAUAUGGUAUGAAACCGAGGUCAAAUUAUUUGAAAUACAACGUGUUUAAGAGCUCAAAUAAUCGGAAGAUGGACUCAUGAUUGGCUAAAUGGGAAAACCCAUGAUGUAGCGAAACUAGCGCCUUUAUCAAACUAUGAUUGUUCUCAAUUUCCAGAUCAUCAGGAAAGCUCAGCUUAAUAACCAGCCCAGCCUGUUUUUGUCGUUUUUGCCGAUUCUGUCUACAUAUUCACACAUAACAAAACAUCAUGAUUUUUUGCAUGAAAAUAAUUUGUUAGAAUACAUUUAUUUACAUUCCAAUCUGGCUACAGCCUUAUAGCAGAAUAGAGUUUUCCGAUCACGAAA